AUGCCACUGAGAAGGUAUGUCAUAAUAUGACACAUGUAUUCACUUUGAAUGUGAAAUGGAACUUUAAAGCAAAAAAAAAAACAUGCUGACCUCAAUGCUUGUGGUCCCUUGUGUUCUGGGAUAUUGUAACUACACUGAUCUGGUGUAGAUUUACAUUGGUUUAUUUUAUGUGAGUCACUUCAGGCUUGUAUAUUCAGAUAUGAGGGAUAUUUAAACUUCCUUUUGAAGUUUCAGUAUUGAGCACUACUUCUGCCUCAUGACAUGGUUUGCUCAGCCUUUCCUUUCUCAUUUUCCCUGACUGUACAGUGCCUUUUCAUGCUCUGGGAAGGAAGUGCAGUGGCUGUGGGUUCUACAACACAGCACAGGAUGGGGGACUGAUACAACAGCCCAAGGAGCCACAGCCCCAGGAGCCACAGCAAGAGCCAGAGCAGCAGCCCCAGUCCCCAGUGCCAGAACCAUAGAAUUAGAAUACCUAUAAUUCUAUGGAGAGAACAUUAGGAGUCCACCCCAUAGUUAUCUUUAUGCUUCACCCUACUCCCCCAGUCUACACAGACUUAACUAUACUAUCCACCUCUUUCCCAACAUUGCUCUGCCAAGAGUACAGUUAGUCAUGCCUGGGUUCCAGAACCUGGUUCCAGGUCCUUGGGGUCCCGAACUUUGAUCCACAGUCUAUUGUGUUGUACAGCAGUUUUGGGAUUGAAUUUCUGUUAUUACAAACUCAUUAAAAAGGCAUUGCUAUUGAACAAUUUGUUUCACAGAUAAAAAGCCAGCAGAAGAGAAUUGUGAAUGAGGAAUUCAUUUUCUUAGAGAUUCUCCGGUACUUUUGUAUACUUUUUAGCCAGUAGUUCUGAAAGUAGAACUCGCUAGCCAAAAGUGGUCCCCGAAAAUUGCGUACUGCGUGUCAUAUGUGCAGAUAUGUGCACCACAUCAUUGCUCUCUACUGUGUCCGCUGAGCCAUUGGGCCCGCCUUGCAACCUCAUUGGAUAAUGCUGGGCAGACCUCUUGCUAGCUGUCGCUCAAAUGUGAGGGGCUGAAGCUCGUUGACUAGAACUCAAAUUGCUAGGGGUUUGGACCACGUGGGGGGAAAUGUAGGGAAAAUGGAGCGGCACAGCUUCAAGAAAACAGUCGCUUUCAAACUAGGGAUUUUGUGGCUGAUUGAGGUAAGACAGUAAUUCUGCUCAUAGAUUAUGCAUUGAGGUUUAAAAAAUACUUUCUUAGUCGCCAAAGUACUGGAGCAUGUCUUUAAUGUGAAAAUCAGAUGCCUAUAAAGUCAGCCACACAUAAUUUAUUCCCCAUUUUUGUCCCAAGAUGGAAUGGAUUCAUAUGUCAAUAAUAAUGCUUUCACAAAAUGUAUAUAUUUUUUUUUUUGUGGCGUGGGGAUAUUCUUUUUUAUAUAUGUUUUGUGAGGAGUUUGGCAAUGUUUGAGCGGCUUUGCGUGUCUAAAAGCCUAACUAAUUGCUUUAGACUGACAUUUUACAAUGGUAAUGUUUGUAAAACUCAGGUAUUUUAUAUACUGUGUAACAUCAAAUCUGGUUAAUUCCAUGUAUGAGUUGAAUAAACAUUUUACAUAGUCCUGUGGAUUAUCAUGAAUAACACAUGUAUGUAAAUUAUUGAAUAAAUACUGCAGUUAGACAAUGGCUGAUGGCAACUAUAUCUCACUCCAUGCUUAACUCAUUGUUGGUACUGUUGCUCAAACAAAGGAGAAAAGUGGAGUAUGAAAAUAUUGCAUCUGUAUUGCCUUUGGUGUCAUUCAUUGAUGCAGGUGUUGGGAUUCAGUGAUAUUUAACGUAACUAAUAAUAAAUACCAUGAUGGUGUUGAAUGUAAUUUCAGAUUUGUGUCAGUUAUCCCAAAAAUAAAUAGUGAAUAGUGGUGGUAAAGUGUUCUUUAUAAAAACAAAUGCAAUGGACAUUCUGUGAAAUGUAUAGAAAGCCCAUCAAAUUAUACACAUGUACAGACUGGAAAUAUCAACAUGAAAAUAGAAUUCUUGCCUGCUUUUGUAUAAGCUUUAAAUGGCAGGAACUGGCUGAGGGCUGGUUAUGUAUACAGUAAAGCAAACUGGCACCGCAGAUGUGACGCCAUCAGUGGUUCCCAAUGGAACUGGCUGCCCGAGUUAGUACUGAAGAGACUGGGGUUGGAGUUGGCCCAAUGAUGUGUGGGGCUGGGUGAGGAGUUGACCCAAUGAAAUGUGGGGCUGGGGAGGAGUUGGCCAAUGAUGUGUGGAGCUGGGGGAGGAGUUGGCCAAUGAUGUGUGGAGCUGGGGGAGGAGUUGUUCCCACAUGGAAUUCUUGGAACGUGAUUAUGUCAGUGACUGAUGGCAGAGCUGUUGUGCCACCAUCAGAAGUCAGACAGGGAGAAUCAGUCACUGCGAUGAUGACUGGUUGUUGUGAAGAAGACUCCUUUUCUGGACAGUUUAGUGAAUCCGCUGAUGAGUUGUCAGUUUGAAGGGAGGUUUGUGAAGGAUUGUGAGGCUGCGUUCAGGUUAAAACUGUCUGGUGGAUUGCAGAGGUCUUGAAAAAGAAGGGUCAACACUGCAAAUAUUGACUCUGCAUAAACUAAAUGUAAUUGUCAAUAAAAGCCUUUGACACUUAUGGAAUGUUUGUAAUUAUACUUCAGUAUACCAUAGUAACAUCUAACAAAAAUAUCUCAUAUCACUGAAGCAGCGAACUUUGUGAAGACCAAUACUUGUGUCAUUCUCAAAACUUUUGACCACGACUGUACUAUACUGUUCAUGUCCCCUGUAUAUAUGUUGUAGGCCUAUGAUUCCAAGUAAACACUGCUCCCUUGUGGCAUGACACCACUACUUUCUGAAGCAAAUUGAUUUUCUGAUAACACAAAACAGCUGGCCUAUCAGACGUUAGAAGGGUUAAAUUGUUAUUUUGUUGGAGGAAAACCUGACUAAUUGGGUUGCCUGUACCGAGUAAUUUUUAUGAGUGUUGCAGCAAGAGCGGUUGCAGAGUUAUAGCUAGAAGGGAUUUUGUGAAAUUAACAUAAACAGUUUAUAUUUGUUUUGCAUUUUAGCCAACCCUAACGCUUCAAAUACACCGACUGUGUCAUUGCGUUUUGGCACACCAGAAGUACAUUUAUUUCAAAUGGAACACUGCGUUUGCCUUGCAGCAUUGUGUUGCAGAGGCAGUUGCAGUGCGUUCUGUGUGGUGCAUAUGUUGGAUUUAUCGAACGUAUGCCUCAAACUGUAUGCGUAAACGGGUUGACGGAAAUGGUAGCAGAAUGUGAAUGUUGAACUUUUGUUGCACACAUAUCUAGAUGAUGCUGCAUACUAUUUUGCGCAAAACACAGUCGGUGUGUUCAAAUCUGACGUUAAUUUCACAAAAGCAGGAUCCCUUCUAGCCAUUAUCCGGUUUGCUGCCAGCGAUGCAGAAAGUUGCACCAUGAGCGCCCCUCCAGCGCACUAGGUGGCAGUAAUGUGUUCAGGAGCUGGUCAUAAGACAAGUUGGAUAUGAUCACUACGUACUAGCUGUUUUUUGAAAGUGUUAAUUCUACGAGAUAUUAAGACAGGUAUGUUAUUGAUUGUCUUAUUCAUGUUUCCUGCUUUAUAAUAGCUAACGUGUUUUACUCAGUCAUAACAGACCUAUAAACCUAGCUAGCUACUGUAGCAAUCUAGCUAGUGCGUUAGGUUGCUGGCUAGAUUGCUAGCUGUCUGAACGGGUGAUUAAAAUGUCAGGUCAUGAAUCAGGACAUCUAUAGUUGUAAAUAUUGUUUUUACAUUAAUGUAACAUUAGUUUGCUUGGUGUCAUUCCUAUAUAACUAACUAGCCAUGCUAGCUACUAUCUGAGUAGCUAGCUAUCGAUCGGCUUGUCACCGUCAUAAAUGGUUUGUCAGCUACUGUAGAUUAAUGUAUGAACAUGAGCAGAAUGUUUAGCUACAUCAUAGAAGUAUAAUUAUUUGUAAUUGUAUGGUUAUCAUCUAUCAUCAUGAAGGGAGGGAGGCAACCCUGAGGUUACUGUCAAGGGGUUGGGACUACCAAGUACCAUGAUCGCCAACAACUGUCAGUCAAAUGAAUGUAAUAAUUUAUUACAUAUGUAAAGCGCUUUUGAUUAUACAAGAAUAAUAUCAAAGUGCAUAAAAUAAAAGCUGAAAUAGUGUUUUUUUUUUAAACAAGAACAAAAAUAAUAUAUAUAUAUAUAUAUAUAUAUAUAUAUAUAUAUAUAUAUAUACAGUGGGGGAAAAAAGUAUUUAGUCAGCCACCAAUUGUGCAAGUUCUCCCACUUAAAAAGAUGAGAGAGGCCUGUAAUUUUCAUCAUAGGUACACGUCAACUAUGACAGACAAAUUGAGACAUUUUUUUCCAGAAAAUCACAUUGUAGGAUUUUUAAUGAAUUGAUUUGCAAAUUAUGGUGGAAAAUAAGUAUUUGGUCACCUACAAACAAGCAAGAUUUCUGGCUCUCACAGACCUGUAACUUCUUAUUUAAGAGGCUCCUCUGUCCUCCACUCGUUACCUGUAUUAAUGGCACCUGUUUGAACUUGUUAUCAGUAUAAAAGACACCUGUCCACAACCUCAAACAGUCACACUCCAAACUCCACUAUGGCCAAGACCAAAGAGCUGUCAAAGGACACCAGAAACCAAAUUGUAGACCUGCACCAGGCUGGGAAGACUGAAUCUGCAAUAGGUAAGCAGCUUGGUUUGAAGAAAGCAACUGUGGGAGCAAUUAUUAGGAAAUGGAAGACAUACAAGACCACUGAUAAUCUCCCUCGAUCUGGGGCUCCACGCAAGAUCCCACCCCGUGGGGUCAAAAUGAUCACAAGAACGGUGAGCAAAAAUCCCAGAACCACACGGGGGGACCUAGUGAAUGACCUGCAGAGAGCUGGGACCAAAGUAACAAAGCCUACCAUCAGUAACACACUACGCCGCCAGGGACUCAAAUCCUGCAGUGCCAGACGUGUCCCCCUGCUUAAGCCAGUACAUGUCCAGGUCCAAGACAAAAAGCAGUAUCACUGUCAGCCCUGUGGAAUAUGCAGGUGAGUAACUCUGCCCUGUUUGGCAUAUAAAUGCCCAUAUAUAGUUCACCCAAGUUCAUCAGCUGAUAUAUCUGACCAGCUUCAGACCGCCAGCAUAUUUUAGAUUUUCAUUUGAUUUGCAUAUAUUGGUGUCUUAACACUUGAAUAGCAUAUCAAAUAUGGACGGUCAUGUUAUGUACUCCUGCAGGAUUGGACCAAGGGAGAAAUACUUCCACUGUGAGAAGUGCAAUCUCUGUUUAGCCAGUGAUCUACGAGGAAAUCACAAGGUGAUUGUCAACCUCCACUAUGACCCUUAUUAUAUCUGUCGCUGGUCUGUAAAUUGUCAAUGGGCAAUUCCAUGGUAAAGGAAUUACGUUGAGAUCAGAUUUUUCACUUUCAAAUAUAUACCAAACAAAAACUCUUGAUUUCAAAGUUUAGCAAACCGUACAACUCUAAAAUCAAUGGUUUUUGUUUGGCAUAUAUAUUAAUGUGAAAAUUCUGAGAUUUCAGCUUAAUUACGUUAAUGUGGAAUUGCCCCAAUACAAUACUGCUAAUGCCAUGGCUCUUGUCAUUCACUUGAUUUAUCUGUACUAGACUGUUUGUUUGGUUUCAGUGUGUUGAAAAUGUUUCAAGACAGAACUGCCCAGUGUGUAUGGAGGUAAGAUAAUGAAUAGUAAGAUAAGUUAGAUGAUUGCUGUGCAUUUCACUUUAUUAUGUUGUUUAUUAUACACUUGAGUGUACAAAACAUGAAGGACACCUGCUUUUUCCAUGACAUGGACUGACCAGGUGAAUCCAGGUGAAAGCUAUGAUCCCUUAUUGAUUUCACUUGUUAAGUCCACUGCAACGCUGCAGGAUUUUUCACGCUCAACAGUUUUCAGUGUAUCAAGAAUGGUCCACCACCCAAAGGACAUCCAGCCAACUUGCCACAGCUGUGGGAACCAUUGGAGUCAACAUGGGCCAGCAUCCCUGUGGAACGCUUUCGACACCUUGGAAAGUCCAUGCCCCGCAACUCAAUAUUAGGAAGGUGUUCCUAAUGUUUGGUAUACUCAGUGUACAAUAUUGUUUUAUAGAAAUUCACAACCUGUAUAUGAAAAUGUCAUAAGUACUUUUCCUCAUACAGUUUAUAAUCGAUACAUACAUAAUGUUUUGUCUUCUCUCUAACUAAGGAUAUGCACACAUCCAGAAUAGGACCUCACGUUCUUCCGUGUGGCCAUCUUCUACACAAGUAUGACAUUUUCUUCAUAAUACUCUCAAAACCAUUGUCAUUAGCCUAUAUGACCUAUAAAAAAAAAGUUGCAUUGAUGCCACUGUUAAUCUGAUGGCUGAUACAGCAGGUGCAUUAGUGGAGUCUUACUUACUCUUGUCUUCUGGUCUAUGGAAUUAUUUUUAGAAUGUUCACUGGUUUUCUUUUGUUUUUCAGAACUUGCUUUGAUGACAUGGUUCAAAUUGGGUAAUACCCCUAUUCCUUUUCAAAUAUUGUGCUACUAAUCAUAUAUUGAUCCUAAUUACUUUCAAUAACUUAUCAAUCAUAUCAUUUGCAUGACUUUCAUAUAAGCAGUUAUGAUCUGUGUGACUAGGAAUAUUGCCUCUAUAUAUUUCCUCUUCAGUGCGUAUCGCUGCCCACUCUGUAUGCACUCGGCCUGGAAUAUGGAGGACUACGGGGAGGAGAUGGACAAAGAGAUGGCUCAGUCACCCAUGCCCACUGAAUACUAGGAUGCCACUGAGAAGGUAUGUCAUAAUAUGACACAUGUAUUCACUUUGAAUGUGAAAUGGAACUUUAAAGCAAAAAAAAAAACAUGCUGACCUCAAUGCUUGUGUUCUGGGAUACUGUGACUACACUGAUCUGGUGUAGAUUUACAUUGGUUUAUUUUAUGUGAGUCACUUCAGGCUUGUAUAUUCAGAUAUGAGGGAUAUUUAAACUUCCUUUUGAAGUUUCAGUAUUGAGCACUACUUCUGCCUCAUGACAUGGUUUGCUCGGCCUUUCCUUUCUCCUUUUCCCUGACUGUACAGUGCCUUUUCAUGCUCUGGGAAGGAAGUGCAGUGGCUGUGGGUUCUACAACACAGCACAGGAUGGGGGACUGAUACAACAGCCCAAGGAGCCACAGCCCCAGGAGCCACAGCAAGAGCCAGAGCAGCAGCCCCAGUCCCCAGUGCCAGAACCAUAGAAUUAGAAUACCUAUAAUUCUAUGGAGAGAACAUUAGGAGUCCACCCCAUAGUUAUCUUUAUGCUUCACCCUACUCCCCCAGUCUACACAGACUUAACUAUACUAUCCACCUCUUUCCCAACAUUGCUCUGCCAAGAGUACAGUUAGUCAUGCCUGGGUUCCAGGUCCUUGGGGCCCCGAACUUUGAUCCACAGUCUAGUGUGUUGUACAGCAGUUUUGGGAUUGAAUUUCUGUUAUUACAAACCCAUUAAAAAGGCAUUGCUAUUGAACAAUUUGUUUCUCAGAUAAAAAGCCAGCAGAAGAGAAUUGUGAAUGACGAAUUCAUUUUCUUAGAGAUUCUCCGGUACUUUUGUAU